CAUGAGUGAAAGUACAAUAGAGAGCUCGUGAAAUCAAGCAGCGCAACUUAAAAGUUUUUUGAAGAUUUUUGAAAAGCAAUAUCGAAAUGCAUUUGGAACGAAUUCCAUCGAGUGAUGUAGAAUCGAGAACAUUCGAUUCCGCUUCUUCCUCUCCGAUAUAUACGACAAUGUUCGAAAGCUCCGAACACGACGUUUCCGACUGGUGUGAUAUUUCAGGAAGCGAUGGACUUUCUUUGACCAACAAUUUAGAUGGUCGAAUGUCGACUUUUUCUUACGAUACGAGUUCAUGUGAUGGUGAAAAGAGUCUACCGAGCGACUUAGCAGACAUACCGUUCGGUAAUCUUCUUUCCCCAGCAAUAGACAUUGACUUCAGCAAUCAUCCAUCAUCUUCACCUUUGUAUUACGAUGGCGAAGACAGUGACGAUGGGAGUUUGGAUUCUGUACUAUCUUGUAGUGAUAAUACUGAGUUUUCAUGCUCUCGGCAACAAACUUAUUCAUCAUGUGCCAAGAACAAUAUUCUUGAUGAUUUAUGGAACACUCCCAUGACCAGAAACGACGAUGGGAUCCCACUGAAUAUGACAUGUUUGAACAAAGGGAAUUUCUUCAGAGAUUUCAAAGCCAGUGAUGAAGAUACAGAAAGCCAGUCUCAACCUUUGAACAAAGGUGUUCAAGACCAGUGGCUUGAAAAUUGCAAAUUAUCCGAUUUGAAAAGCUCUGAUGUUUGCGAGCUUUUAGAUUAUGAAGAAAGACUGAAGGAAUAUUAUUAUUCACCAGUUGAUUGUGGGUCUACAUAUCCUGAAUCUACUGAUAUUUCAUCAGAAGUGUUAGAUUUUGCUAGUUAUCGCAAUAAGGAAUCAACAGAUUGCAAUGAAAUCCAUCAUGAACUUUCAGUAUUUGAUGAAAGACAACAACAAGUCCCACCAUCUGUAAACAAAUCAUGUAUGUACGCAUCUAAACAAAAUGAUUUGCUAAGACUCAGUACAAAUACGGUUAUAAAGAGGGAAAAAGACUCAGACAUUGAACCCAGUUCAACUACAAGAACUGCUGAAAUAGAAAGACAGCCAGCCUGGUCUCAACCUAAAUGUCGAAAAUCCAAUAAUUCUGGCUCUUUCAUCUGUUACUGGGUAGACUGCAAGACUGUUUUCCAAAGCCAGAGCAGCCUUGUUCGUCAUAUCGAAAAAUUUCAUGUCGACCAGCGGAAAAGGGAAGACUUUAGCUGCCUUUGGGUUGGAUGUCCAAGGAAACUGAGGCCGUUCAAUGCCAGAUACAAACUACUCAUUCACAUGAGGGUGCAUUCCGGAGAAAAGCCUAACAAGUGCAUGUUUCUUGGUUGUGACAAAGCCUUUUCCCGCUUAGAAAAUCUUAAAAUCCAUUUCCGGUCCCACACGGGGGAGAGACCGUAUCACUGCCAGUACAUCGGCUGCCCAAAGGCUUUCAGCAAUUCUUCAGACAGAGCAAAACAUCAAAGAACACAUCAGGACUCGAAGCCAUAUUACUGUCAAGAGCCCGGGUGCAACAAGCGCUACACAGAUCCUAGUUCUCUGAGGAAGCAUGUGAAGAAUCACGUUCUUCGUAUGGAACAACUCAACAAAAGGGGACGAUCAUCGAAAGCCGCCUUUGCAAUUGGUUCGUAUUUUUCUAAUUCUGUCGAAUGCGGCGAUUUCAACUCUAAAUCCUAUUCAGAAAAUUCUCUAACAGAUACCGAGCAUUCAGGGAGCUUUUCUUCAGACAGCGAAGAAGCCUAUAUUCUUUCUUGGAGCAGCCAGACAUUUGUGAAUGAUGGAGAAUGGAACGAAUUCCUCAUCGAAAAAGAAGAAAACGAUCUAUCCAGUCCACUUUUGACCGAUUCACCCUUCGUGCCGGAUCCAUUCUGAUUCAAGAAUUCGCUGACUUCAAACGAACAGUAUGAUUUCUUGCAGUGAAUAACAGAAGAAAUAAUGUUAUUUCGAGCAAAAGAAGAAAUUGGUUGAUAUAUUCUUUAAUCGCUGGUAUUAAAAAGGAAGGACAUGAUUAAGAAUAAAAUCAAAGAAUACAUAGCUUUAUGAUUCAUAAAGAUAUAUGUGACGGAUUUAUUUUAGAAGGAUUUGUUUGAUAUUCAAGUCUUACAGUCAGUUUAUUUAUUUCCUUUUAUUUUUGAUAAUAUUUUAAAUGUUUUACUUUGUCAAUGCACGAGAAUUGAAUUUAUAUUGUAGUUUUCAAAUAUCUUGAGAAUUUUUUUUUAUUGUAGAUAUUAAGUCAUUUUAAAUAGAUAUUAUGAGAGAUGCUCAGUCAAUAAGAAAAAUUUAAUCCUUGAU